AUGGCCUUUAUUGUCAAAUCCCCCAAGAAUGGGUCACCCCCAGCCAGCGGCAGCAACAACAACUGGACCAGGGUCAAGAAAUAUAACGAGCGGCUGCAGCGCUGGCAGCGCCAGACGCACCAAGGCAGCAAGAUCUCCAUGAACGUAUGGAUCCUGCCUCGCCUGGACACCAACGACCCCAAGAGCAGCGUCAAUAAUCUUGUCAGGAAGACUGCAAUCAGAGCGUGGUCGCUGACCUGGGCCCGCGCGCCGCAACAAUACGCCCUAUUCCCCAAGGACGCCGACGAAUGGGGCAAACUCGACGGCAUCGUUAUGGAGUAG